AUGUCCGACCUAACGCACACCGAGCCCCUAACCCCGCUCGACGCCUCCAUGCCGCGGACCUACAUUCGCGUGCUGCUGGUAUUCGAGCACGCAUCUCUAGGAGUAGAACCGAUUCAACGUCUCCAAUCCGGCCUCAAUACUGUCUCGACACAAAUCCCGUGGGUAGCCGGGAAGAUCUUCCCCAAAGCACCAGCACCAGCUGGAACGGAGAAGCAGACGCCACCAUACCCACUCGAGAUCCGAUGGGAUGCAACCGCAGCUACCACAACACCGAUACUUGUCGACAAGGGGACGGUAAAAAUGUCAUAUAAUACACAAUCCGCUCAGGGGAUGCCAACAAAAACCAUACCGGACUCCGUAUGGCCGGCUCCUGGCAUGAUCGAAAACGACCUUCACAAAGCGGGAGCCCCCGUCUUUGCUGCGAACUUCUUCCGCUUUGCGGAUCGGGGCGCUGGGUUGUGUGUGUGUAUGCAUCACAAUGUCGUUGAUGGGGCGGCGUUUACUGAGAUUAUACGCCUCUGGGCUAAGAGAGUCGCGGACCCAGGCAGUGGAGGGAUUGCAAAUGGAAGUCCUCCCACCAAGAUACAGACGAGAUGUGAACUGUUCUCCGAGCGGCUUCCACUUCAAGCGGCCUGGUUGCUGUCAACAGACGAUCUCUUCGCGCGUCCCCCGGAGUAUUCGCGCCUAACCCCGGCUUUACCGGAGAUGUUCCACCCAUCCACGUCACAGCUCUUUACGACAAACCUUCACUGGAUCAACUCGCUAAAGGAGCUCCUUCGGAAACAUAUCUCGUCACCGCCGUCCACGAAUACAAUCCUCUGCGCCCUCCUCUGGAGUACAAUCACUCGGGUCCGAAUGGCUUCUAAUCCUAAUACCCAGGGGGUUCAGGCGCAAACAACCCGCCUCAUAACAGCCGUUAACACCCGGCAGCGCCUUGGUUUCCCCUUCACUAUUCCCAGGCUGGGACCUUUCAACUCGCGGGACAUGACGAUUACAUCAUGGGCGGAUUUUGAUCUCUACGGGGUUGAUUUUGGCGAAUGUGUCGGUGGGAAGCCGUCGUUUGUGCGGUUGCCGUGUAUCGAGGCUGGUGGGGUUGUUAUUGUGCUUCCGAGGCGGAGGGAGAGUGGAGAUGGAGAGCGGCUGGAGGUUGUGGUUAUGUUGCGCAGCGAUCAUAUGGAAAGGUUGCUUCGUGAUGAGAUGUGGCAGACGCUGACGUUGACGGCCUGA